AGUGAGUACUACUAGAUCCUCCUAUGAUCCCAUGCUAUAUGUACUAUUAAGGUUUUGUACACUUGUGCCCGACAAUAUUUCGUAGGAACCGGGCACAAUGUUGAUCUGUAACAAGUUCUUUGCGCGAAAGUAGUUGAAUUCAAAUACGAGUUUUCAAAUAUAUUUCUUAGUUCUAUCGUAUUUUUGACAGAAAGAAAAUGCUCCCAAAUAUCGUAUCUUUUUAACGAAUAAGGAAAAUUAUUUAGAUAAAAUUCCAAAGCAGUUAUCACAAAGAUGCUUCCAUUAACGCACAGAGACUCACCUAGUAUACUGAUAAGAGUCAAAGAAAAAAUAUUAGGAUGGAAACGACUUAUCUGGUCAGACAAGAGCAGCAGGAAUUUGUUUCUCUUUGUACUACUCAAUUUUUCAUUUGCAAUUGUGGAACUUCUAUAUGGAAUUUGGACUAACAGUUUAGGGCUGAUAUCUGAUAGCUUUCAUAUGUUUUUUGACUGUACUGGCCUAAUUGCAGGCUUAGCUGCCCAAGUAAUAACAAAGUGGAAAGCUAAUGAACGUUAUUCUUAUGGAUAUGUUAGAGCUGAAGUAUUGGCUGGUUUGAUCAAUGGAUUAUUUUUAGUUUUCAUAGCAUUCUUUAUAAUGUCAGAGGCUGUUGAAAGAGCCAUAGAACCUCCAGAAGUAAAGCAUGAAAGGUUGUUUUUAGUUUCUGUGCUAGGUUUGUUAGUUAAUAUAGUAGGAAUUUUCGCACUUAACCAUGGCCAUGCUGGAGAGUGUAGUCAUGGACAUAGCCAUGGACAUAGUCAUGGGCCUAGCCAUGGUCAUAAUCAAAGCCAUGGAAAUAAGCAUUCACAUUCACAUUCCCCUUUAAUAGGCCAUAAUCAUAAUCAUCAUGAUCAUCAUUCCCAUAAUCACCAUGAUCAUAUUGAAGUAGAGCAUUUCCAUGGAAGUACUAAUAAUUCACAACUUAUGAAAGGUGUAUUUUUGCAUAUUUUGGCUGACACACUCGGGUCAGUUGGAGUAAUCAUUUCUGCUAUAUUAAUGCAAAUUUUUGGUUGGAUGAUUGCUGAUCCAAUUUGUUCUAUGUUUAUUGCAAUUGCAAUUUUUGUUAGUGUUUUGCCUUUACUUAGAGACUCAAUGAUGAUUCUCAUGCAAAGACAGCCUUGUGCAUUAGAUAAUGUUUUGCCUCAGUGCUAUCAUAGAGUCACACAGCUGGCUGGUGUUUAUAGUGUUCAAGAACCACAUUUCUGGACUUUAUCCUCUGACUCUUAUAUAGGUUGUUUAAAACUAGAAGUUGCUAGAACUGUUGAUCCAAAAUACGUUGUGGCCCACGCACAAAUGAUAUUCCAGUCGGUUGGUGUGAAGCAGCUAACAGUUCAAUUGGACUAUUCAUCAUCGUGACUGUAAUAUACAAAGUUGUAUAUAUAAAGAAUUCUAACUGUAUAAAUUUAUUGAGAGUUUGUUGACGUAUUUGUGAUGGAAUUUUGUAAAUCAACAUACCUGCGUGUGUUUAUAUGAAGUUACUAAUGUAGAACUUACUUUUAUAUAAAAUCUUUCUGUGAAAUUUAUCUAAGUUGAAUGAAAAUAUAAGUGAUUGUAUUUGAAAUACUAAUCUAUAAUUCAAUUUUCUUAUUAUUAUAAUUAUUAUUAUCUAUUGCAAUAUUCUUUUGUAAUUAUGAUAAAAUUUAUAGGUUUAGUGCAGUUUUAUGAUUAUAAAGUCCAAAUAAAUAAUUUUUCCCAUGUUUAAUUUUAGUACGAGAUAGAUACUAAAAUUACUUGUAAAUGAUUUUUAUAUUACUUACAGUUUAUAAAAUAAUUUAUACAUUUUGUACUACAUGAUAAACAAUUU